GACAGUUGAAAGCAGAUAAGAGAGACUCUCCCAGUGGUCUAUAUAUAUGGGAAUAGUGCCUAAGUAGUCACUCACAGAGUAUUUGUAUCCACCUCUCUAUCUCCCCAUCUAUCCUCCAAUCAAGUGAUGAUGGAUAACAGUGGAAGGCAGCAAAGGGGCGGCAUGCCUCAUGUUGUGUGCAUGCCUUAUCCAGCUCAAGGUCACGUAGCCCCAAUGCUAAACCUAGCCAAGCUUCUUCACCACAAAGGCUUUUACAUCACUUUCGUCCACACUCACUUCAACUACAACCGCUUGCUCAGAUCAGGCGCCCUCAAUUCACAAUUCUCCUCCCACUCCCCCACCUUUCGUUUCGAAACCAUCCCUGACGGCCUUCCUCCCCCGGAUAACCCCGACGCCACUCAGAACAUCAUCGAGCUCUGUGUUUCCACCUCUAUUCACUGCCUUGCUCCGUUCCGUGAUGUGGUGGCUAAGCUCAAUAAGUUGCCGGACGUGCCUCCGGUGAGCUGUAUAAUUUCUGAUGCAAUCAUGGCUUUUACACUUGAAGUAUCGCAGGAGCUUCGCAUUCCCAAUGUUUUCUUUUGGACGGUUAAUGCUUUUACUCUUGUGUGCUACUUGCACUACUCCGCUAUCCGCAACUUAGCUUUGCAGCAACAUGCAGCGAGUAUCAACUCCAAAAAUGAUUAUCUCGACUACAUGAUCGAUUGGCUGCCUGGAAUCGGUAAUGUUCGUUUGCGUGACACUCCAUCUAUGAUUUGGGAUCCCGCCUUGCCUGAUUACUUCGUCGAGUUUUGCAUUCGUGAAAUAUCCAGGACUCGCAAGGCUUCUGCCGUGAUUCUCAACACUUUUGAUGCACUCGAGUCUGAUAUUAUUUACCAAAUUUCCAACAUGAUUGAUCUUCAUGUCUACCCCAUCGGACCCGUUCACAGCCUUUACAAGUCGGUCAUUCCCGAUGAUGUGGAAACCGGAUCUAUUCAAUCCAAUUUGUGGAAAGAAGACUCGACUUGUAUUGAGUGGUUGGAUUCAAAACAAGUCGGGUCGGUGAUUUAUGUCAACUUCGGUAGCAUCACAGUCAUGAGCCCGCAACACUUGGAAGAGUUUGCAUGGGGACUCGCCAAUAGCAUGCACAAUUUUCUAUGGAUCAUCAGACCGGAUCUAGUCAUGGGUGACUCACCACUUCUCCCUCCGGAUUUCAUAACCCAGACUAAAGGAAGAGGUUUGCUAGCAAGCUGGUGUGACCAGCAACAAGUGUUGACCCACUUGUCGAUUGGAGGGUUUUUGACUCAUUGCGGAUGGAACUCGACCCUGGAGAGCUUGUCGGCCGGAGUGCCGAUGAUUUGCUGGCCAUUUUUUGCUGAUCAAUUAUGCGUCCGUCAUUGUGUUUGCAGAAUGUGGGAGGUUGGAGUUGAAGUUGAGGAAGACGUGAAGCGACUAGGAGUGGAAAAGUUGGUGAGGGAGUUGAUGGAAGGAAACGGGGGGAAGGAAAUGAAGAAGAGGGCUCUGGAGUGGAAAAAUAAAUGUCAAAGGGCCAUAGCUGGUAAAUGCAACGGUUCGUCAUGUUUGAAUCUGGACAGAAUGGUGAAUGAAGUCAUUUUAUCACAGAUUGAUCGGGAAAAAGGGAGUAGUAGGUAAGGUAGAUGGAUAUCUUUACUCGUCGUGCUUGUUGAUUGAAAUGGAUUUAUUGUUUUGUUCAAUGCUUUACAUGCAAAUUCAGUUUGAAA